AUGCUCCCCAUCGUUUUGCUGUCCGUCCUUUCGGCCGUUUACGCCGCCGUUGUUCCCCAACUUGGAUUCGAGAGCCAUCUUCCAUCCCAAGUUGCUGCUGGUGUCCAACCGCUUGGCAAGAAUGUCACUAUUAACGGUGUCUUGACCUACGUCACGCUGCCCAAAAAGAAAUUCGACCCCAAGAUCGCUGUACUUUUGUUGACGGAUGUCUUUGGUCUUCCCUCUCCGGACAAUCUGGUCUUGGCAGAUCAGUGGGCCGCAGCCGGGUUCGCAACAUUUGCUCCAGAUUAUCUAAAUGGAGACGCAUUGCCUCCGGAUGGGCUUGGGAAUAUUACUGCAUGGGCCGUUAACCAUGGGGAAGCACAAACUACCCCACCGCUACUCGCCGUUGUCAAUGCUUUGAAAUCACGUGGCGUCAAACAAAUCGCUGUAACGGGCUACUGCUUUGGGGGCUUAUACACUGUUCGACUGGUGCAGAACAACACAGUGACUGUAGGAACCACGGCGCACCCUUCCUCUCUGGAUGUACCCAUCGACUUCGAGGUCGUCAAGGCGCAAUCGCAUGUUCCUAUCGAGAUUAACAACGCAGAGCUUGACACCGGUUUUACGCCUGCACUUGCUGUUGAGACAGAUUCGGUUCUUGACGAUGGCCAGUAUCCACCGGGGUAUUUGAGACGUCAAUUCAACGGCGUUGGUCACGGCUUUGCGGUUCGCGCCAAUGCGUCCGAUCCUGUACAGGUGGCCGCCAAAAACGGUGCUUUCGAUACGUCUUUAGCGUUCAUUAAGAAGCACCUGAAGUAG